AUGCGUAUUCCCGUAGACCCGAGCACCAGCCGGCGCUUCACACCUCCCUCCACGGCCUUCCCCUGUGGCAAGAUGGGCGAGAACAGCGGGGCGCUGAGCGCGCAGGCGGCCGCGGCCAGGCCCGGCGGGCGCGCCCGGCCCGAGGUGCGCACCGUGGUGGACGUGCUGGCCGACCACGCGGGCGAGCUGGUCCGCACCGACAGCCCCAACUUCCUGUGCUCCGUGCUCCCCUCGCACUGGCGCUGCAACAAGACGCUGCCCGUGGCCUUCAAGGUGGUGGCCCUAGGGGAUGUCCCUGAUGGCACAGUGGUGACGGUGAUGGCUGGCAAUGAUGAGAAUUACUCAGCUGAACUGCGUAAUGCUUCGGCUGUCAUGAAGAACCAGGUGGCCCGAUUUAACGACCUUCGAUUCGUUGGCCGGAGUGGCCGAGGGAAGAGCUUCACGCUGACCAUCACCGUGUUUACCAAUCCCACCCAAGUAGCCACCUACCACCGGGCCAUCAAGGUGACUGUGGAUGGGCCUCGAGAGCCGAGAAGGCACAGGCAGAAAAUGGAAGACCAGCCAAAGGCCUUUCCUGAUCGAUUUGGCGACCUGGACCGACUUCGAAUGCGAGUGACACCAACAACUCCUAGUCCCCGGGGCUCCCUGGCCACGUCCACUCACUUCAGCACUCAGGCUACAGCACAAGGCACAUCUGACUUAAGCCCAUUCUCCGAUCCUCGACAGUUUGAUCGCUCUUUCUCCAGCCUGCCGGGCCUCCCAGAGCCCAGGUUUUCCGACCCCAGGAUGCAUUACCCGGGGGCCAUGUCGGCAGCCUUCUCCUACACAGCCAACCCCUCCCCCACUGGCAUUGGCGGCAUUAGCAUGACCAGCAUGCCUACGGCUACCCGCUUUCACCACACAUACCUCCCCCCUCCCUACCCGGGCUCCACCCAGAACCAGAGUGGGCCCUUCCAGACCAACCCCUCCCCUUACCAUUUGUACUACGGCACUUCCUCCGGUUCCUACCAGUUCUCCAUGGUGGCCGGUGGGGAGCGCUCCCCCACCCGCAUGCUCUCCUCCUGCACCAGCACCGGGCCGGGAAACAACCUCAUGAACCCCAGCCUGGCCAACCAGAGUGAUGGCGUCGAAGCUGACGGCAGCCACAGCAACUCCCCAACCGCCAUGACCACCCCGGGAAGAAUGGACGAGUCUGUAUGGAGGCCAUACUGAUGGGCGCCGUGGAGGAUGGGGCCCAAGGCAGCUUCCCUGGAAUCAUGAUGUCCCAAUCCUGACUCCAGGCCCCCGCGGUGUCCCUGUCCUGAAUCACCAGGCUGCGGGCAGGGCUUGGACAGCCUCACCGGAAGGGCCCCCUCCCCCCGGAAAGAGGGAGACCUGAGACCCAGGGGAGGAAGGGGAACAAGCUGUCAACAUGUCAAGCCAACGGGUUGGGGCAGGAGGGGGAAUGAGUUUCAGUUGCUGACUGCUGUGUACAUAGGACCCACGUUCCAAGAGACAACCAAAGCAUCAUGGAAUGGGAAGCCGUGGAAAACCUGGGCUUGGCCACGAGAUGCUGUAUGACCUCAGGCCGAGUCCCUUCCCUGCCUGAGCUUCACUUUUCUCUUCUGUAAAAUAAGGGAGCUGGGCCAGAUACCCCCAAGGUUCCUCCCAGCUCCAUAUCUUAUGUUCUAAGGUUCCCUUCAAACCGCCAACAUUCUUUUUCCAGUGUUCUAGGGCACCUUCAUGCUUUAAUGUUCUGUGUUCUGACAUUCCUUCCAGUUCUAACACUCCAUGUUCUAAGGUCCCUUGGAGCAACUCUAACGUUUGGUGGUCUAAGGUCCUUUCCUUCUCUAGCCAAUGUUCUAAGGUCUCUCCUAGCAUUCUAUAUAUGUUCUAGGAUUCAUUUCAGACUGGAUUCCCAAAGAGAAGGCAUACUUUCUCCUUCCCUCCUGCCCAACAACCCCAGGCUUUGUUACUCCUGCUUCGCUUUUCCAAGGCCUGAAUUCUAUCCACCAAAGAGUAUUUGACUCCUUAAGACAAGGAGUGUAUCCCUUCCUUAAGUAAUGACCCAAGCGAGCACCGUUAGUCACCGGAAAAGCCAUCUAGCUGCUUAGCUUUGGGUUUCUGUCUCAUCUGGUGCCUCUGCUCCUGGCCAGUGUCCCCUCACCCUUUGAAGGCCAAAAGAUGCCCCACAACACACUCCCAUACCUUCCUUGCUGGACCCCAUCUCUUUCACAGCCUGAGAUGGGACCUAUAGGCGACAGUAUCAAGCCAAGGACACCACAGGACCGAAGCUUUAGGGAGAUCAAAUUCUUAGUGAUAUUAAGCCCAGGGCUUCCUCCCUUGGGACAGAGAGUCAAGGUGAUUAGUGGGAAAGCCUCCCAGUAAAGUCCACACACAGGGGUUCCUUCAUCAAAAGUACUACCUGCAGGCCCUGCUCCAGCUCUUGGUGGGCCCUGGACUCCCACUAGUCGCAAAACAUCCAUUCCUCCUGUGAGCAUCUUACCAACCCAAUAAUGCCUUCCCAGAGGUCUUGGGGGGUGAAGGAGGCUGACACCGACCAGACCAUAAGGUUUGAAACCAGAGAGUUGGCCUGGACAAACCACACUCACUCACCUUCCUCAUUUGGCUGCUUUCGUUGGGGGGAGAGGGAGCUAGGUGAAGUUUUCCUUGCAGGACAGCUUGUGCAUUUGAGGUGGACGAAGAGGGGUGGGGAGCAAAAGGACAGAGAACUUUCACCCCAGCAUUGAAAGUGAAAGUGCUUAGGGGGGCCCAGAGAUCCCUGAACUGGAGACCAGAAGGCUCACCUUGGCUGGAACCCACAGAACAGGAUUAGCUCAAAGUUGGACAUUUUCCCCCUCUUGCCUUCAGUUCUUCCUUGGAAUAAUGAGAGGGGUUGAAUUGCAUGACCCCUAAGGUGCUUCUCCCACCGUAAUUCCAUUAUUUUUUAUGAUAUCUAAGGCCCUGACAGUCUGACAUCUCUACCAACUCUCAUAUUCUAUGUUCUACUGUGCCCCUCCCCCAUCCCUAGUACUUGCAUUCUAUUCUAGGCACUCUAUUGGAAGGGCCCUUCCAGCUGCAACAUGCUAUGAUCAGUCUGUCACUCUGUGUGAGAAGUUCCCAUGUAGCUCUGAUAUUCUAAGGCCCCUUGUGGUUCUGACCUUCUGUGUUCUAAGGGCCCUCCCAGCUCUGACA